CAGCUACUAUUUCACAAGCCAUUUUCGGGCAAACUGUCGCCACUGUCGCUGAGCAUCGUUGGAAUCUCCUGGCCAUAGCAUGGAAAAAGGAUAUCAGAGUUUGAAGUUUUCACGCAAGAGCUUUAAAACAACCUAGAACCUCCUCUUAAUCGAGGCAUCAUCCCAAACUGUGAUAUCCGAGAUUCAAGGAUCAACGUAAUUUUAAAUAAUUAGCCAAAGUACGCGUAGUUAGUCGAAGUGAAAAAAAUCUAACAAAAUUAAAAGCCCGAAAAUGCUGCUUAAUAUAUUCAAUUCGGGCAUUUUCCAAAGGCAGUUCCGGCGCCAGCUCCUGGUCUCGCUGAGUGCCACACUGAUAACCUUCUGCCAUGGCAUUGCCCUUGGCUGGCUGUCCCCCAUGUUGCCGAAGCUCCUCCUGCCUGAAGCGACACCGCUGUCCUUUUCCAUUGACGUGAACGAAGCCUCCUGGCUGGGGUCCAUCAUCAGCUUAGGCGGCAUCACCGGAAACUUCUCCUUCUCCUACCUGAUGAGCCGGUUCGGGAGAAAGGUCUCCAUAUACGUACUGGCCAUACCUCACACGUGUAUUUGGUUUCUCUUCUACUUCGCCACGAGCAUCGAGUGGCUGUAUGUGGCGCGGGUCUGUGCCGGACUGACGGGUGGCGGGAUGUUCGUGGUGCUUCCCAUUUUCAUUGGCGAAAUCGCCGACACUAGCAUUCGCGGACGAUUGUGUUCGUUUUUCACGCUCACCAUGAACACGGGCAUCCUGGUGGGAUUUAUUGUAUCCUCACACGUUGCCUAUCGCGUGAUACCCUGUGCGGUUGUGGGUCUGCCAAUUCUUUACGCUUUGCUGGCCACUCGAUACCCGGAACCCCCGCAGAUGCUCAUCCGCUGGAACCGCGAGGAAGAUGCCCAACGCUCGCUGAGAUUCUACCGCUGUUGCGAUGGCCCGAAUACCACCAAGGAGGAGGAGCGGGCCUACCAAAAGGAGUUUGAUGAAAUGCGUGCUGCUAUUCUUCAGCAGAACAAAGAAUCUGAUGACAAAGGUCUUUCGAUAGCAGAUUUCAGCAACAAGCAGGCCUUGAAGGCCAUGGCCACGGGCCUGGUGCUGAUGGUGGCCAACAUCUUCACGGGCACUUUCGCCUUCAUCAACUACAUGUCCAACAUAUUUGAGGCGGCGGAAACCAAGCUGGAUCCGAACACGAAUACCAUUAUAAUCGGAGCUGUCCAGAUAGUGGGCACUCUGGCCAGCAUGUACCUGGUGGAUCGCUACGGAAGAAAGGUCCUGCUGAUAGUCUCCUGCUUUGGAAGUGGCAUUGGCACAGCCGCCUUUGGACUGUAUGCCUUCUUUGUCCAGGAACUGGAAGCAGACAUGUCUGCCUACUCCGCGUGGCUGCCCGUGUGCCUCAUGUCCUUCAUUAUAUUCAUUGCCAACGUGGGAGUCAUUUCGGUCACCAUGGUGGUCCUGGUGGAGAUCCUGCCGCAGAGAAUCCGAGCAGUGGCCACCAGCUUCUGCCUGGGCAGUCUGAGCUUCUUCGCGUUCACUUCGGUGAAGACCUUCCCGCUGAUGAUGGUCUACUUGGGCCUGGCCACCACCAUGUGGUUCUGCGCCGCUGUCAGUGCCAUCUGCCUGUUCUAUGUAGUGGUCUACGUGGAGGAGACCAAGGGUCGCUCCAUCUAUGACUAAUUUUCAUGUCCCCUGCGAAUAAAGUUCAGCUAGUUCCCACCCACCUUUA